AGUAUGGCUGAAAAGGAGAAACCGGAUUUGGUGCAUCAGAACGCAAUUCAUGUGGAGACGAUCAAGAAAGAGCAAAGACUCCAGAAGCUCCACACAGAGUUCUCUAUCAACCCUUUCAAGAAAUUGCAUAUCUUACCAGACAAACCCAUGUCGAGGAAACCGACAGAGGAAAUAGUAGGCAACUAUGAUUUCAUCAAAGCGUUCCACAAGGCCCGCGAGGUUCCCACCGAGAAGUAUUCAACCCCACUCACAGAGAGUCAAGAGAUUGGCUGGAUUUCAACUCCACUGAUCCCGUCCAGUCGACACGAUGAAAGACUGAAUUUUUCCAGAAAAAGCACAGAUGUGACAAGACAUCAGGAGUUGACGCUCCGGAAAUGA